GACCCCCCGGGACCCUCCGCACCCCCCGAUAUGGACAGCGAGGGGAGAGCCCCGCGCUGCUGCUGCGCCGGGGACGGCAACGAUGUCCCCAAAGUCACCGAGCCCCCGGGUGACAGCGAUGCCCCCCGACGGGGCUCUCUCUGCGACCGUCACUGCGCCGCCAUCAACAACGUGCAGGGUGACCUCGGUGACCUGGGCUGCCACCUGCACCGUCCCCGCGUCCCCCCGGGUAGGUGGGCCGUGGGCCGGGCUGGGCGUGGAGCCCAGGGGGGUCCAACACCCCCUGUCACCCCGUAUCUCGCCCGCAGCCGUGUCCCCCGCCACCUGCUGCCACCAGCACUCGGAGGAGGUCUGUGAGAGCUGCGUGGUGAAAACCACGCUGACAGCCGAGAACGCUGUGGAGGCCAACAAGCUCUCCAACAACUACAAGUUCGGCUUCAAGAAAUGGAAGAGCCACGUGACGGCGCGGCCCUGGGAGGACCGAUCGGAGAUCGUCAAGGAGCUCUACUCCGACCUCAACAUCAUCCGGGGCUCCAGCGGGUCCACGAUGACGUGCGGCAACGUCCUCUACCUGCUGCUCUUUGGCUGGUGGCUCUCGGUCCUCUACGUCCUCAUGGCUGCUGUGAUGUUCAUCACCAUCGUGGGGGCUCCUUAUGGGCGGCUCUGCUGGGCCCUGGCCGGGUAUUUCCUCUGGCCCUUCGGCAAAGUCAUCCAGGAGGCAGAGGUCCCCAAGUCCCGCCGGGCACUGGGCGCCCACGAGGCCGGCGCGGAGGCGAGUGGCGCGCGGGAGAGCUCAGCCCUGCUCGGUGACCCUGCGCCGCGCUGGCGCCUGCGGUGCUGGGCAGGUGCCGGAUCCUGGCACCGUGCCGGCACCGUGGCGUGGCUGUGCCUGGCGUACCCGGCGCUGGCGCUGGCCCACGGGCUGGUGUGCGUCACCGCGUGGCUCCUCAUCGUCCUCAUCCCCGUGGCUAAGCUGAGCGCCCGCGCCGCCGUCCGCGUCCUCCUGCUGCCCCCGGAGCGGGUGCUCGUCCGGCACCUGCGGAUGACGGAGGUGCCGCUGGAGGGGCCGGUGAUCCUCUGCUGCUACCGCGCCGUCAACCCCUACUACUACAAAUACGCUGUGGACGGCAUCAACGUCUUUGCGGUCAACCUGCUGCCGCUGGUGCUGGUGACGCUGGUGCUGGGCUACGUGGACAGCCACAACCGCCUGACCAGCUCCCCUGUCAAGUUCUCGCUGGCCCUGCUCUCCAUCAUGCCGCUCUCCUACUACAUCGGGAUGGCCAUCGCCAGCAUCUCAGCCCAGAGCAACUUUGCGGUGGGAGCGGUGGUGAACGCCACGUUCGGCUCCAUCACGGAGCUCACCUUCUACAUCACCGCCCUCAUCAAGGGCUCGCGGGAGGGCAACCGCUGCUACGCCGAGAUCGUCAAGUCGGCGUUGACGGGGACGCUGGUGGGCUGCGUCCUCUUCAUCCCGGGUCUGUGCAUGGUGAUCGGGGGCAUCCGGCACCAGGAGCAGCGGUUCAACAGCCGCUCGGCGGGCGUCAGCUCGGCCCUGCUCUUCCUCUCUGUGGGAGGUGUCUUUGCCCCGACGCUCUUCUCCAAGGUGUACGGGAAGCUGAUCUGCGGCGAGUGCCACAACGUCACCCAGAACCCGCUGGGCCACUACCUCUGCCACAGCUGUCACUUUGACCUGAUGGGGAGCAAUGGUACCCUCUACUACAGCCACGUCCAACCCCUGGUGUACACCGUGUCCCUCCUGCUCCCUGCCGCCUACCUCAUCGGCCUCUUCUUCACCCUGAAAACCCACUCGCACAUCUACGACAUCCACAUCAGCGACUGUCACAUGCCCGGCCACCACCACAGCGCCGUGGUCCACUGGUCUCGCUGGCGGGCCCUGGUCAUCCUCCUGCUCUCCACCCUCUGCAUGUCGGCUUGCGCAGACCUGGCCACGGAGCACAUCAGCCCCAUCCUCACCAACUCCACCAUCUCACAGUACUUCAUUGGUGUCACUGUCCUGGCCAUGGUGCCCGAGCUGCCGGAAAUCGUCAACGGCAUCCAGUUUGCCCUGCAGAACAACCUGAGCUUGAGCAUUGAAAUUGGGAACUGCAUCGCCGUCCAGGUCUGCAUGCUCCAGAUCCCCAUCCUGGUGCUCUUCACAGUCUUCUACCCGACCAACUUCACACUUGUCUUCAGCGACCUCCACGUCUACGCCAGCAUGUUCAGUGUGGUGCUCAUGAACUACAUCUUCAUGGAUGGCAAAUGUGACUACUUCCAAGGCACGGUGCUGGUGAUGGUCUACUUCAUCCUCCUCGCUGUGUACUUCUUUGCCCCAUCGCCCAGCGGCUGCUGAGGUUUGGACUCUUGCCUUCUCCAACCUUCUCGUUGGGCUCAGCGCUCAUCAAGGCGUUGUCCGGUGUCUCCGGGAUUCGGCUGGGCCGGCUCCAGUCCAGAAGCACCGUUUGCUGAAGCUCCUGCCGCUGCCUGGCUCCCCGGUGGAAUCCCAACGGGGCUUCGGUGGUGGGAAGGGUGGUGGCCCCAAGGAGCACCCCUGAACCCAUGGCCUCGGUGCACCUCACAGAGGGGUUUCCAGCACACACGUGUGGCUGGGAGGGAAAUUGUCCUUAGUGGAGGGUCUUGAAGGAGGUUUCUGCGUGGCCUUGAGGACAGAUCCCUCCUCAGGAGGAGAUGCACUGGGAGAAGAUGCUUAAGAGGAGACCCACAUCCUUCCAGGCAGUGGGUGAUCCCGGGCCUGGGAGGGACUCGGGUCUGGGAAUCACAUGGGGCUUCUCGAUGGUACUAGAAAUGCACCAAAAACUGUUUUUCAGCCCUUUUGUCAUUAA